AUGCGUAUCCACGCGCUCACCAUCAUCUUCGCCAUCCUUGCCUUCGUGGCGGGGAGCGACGCUCUGCCCUCGUCACUUCCAGCACCCAACAUUUUCGGUUCGCGCGGCAUGUCACGCCGCCUUGUCAGCUCGCUUCCUGCCUCUCUGAUCAACACGUACACGAGCAACAAGGGGAACAGUCCAGCCACUUCUUCGCCUCCCACCGGCGCUACGGAGAGUACGCAGCUCACUGGCGGCAGCAGCGGCAGCGGCGGCGGCGACGGGGACGUCAACUCCUCUACCAGCUCUGACAUCUCCACCAACGCCACCAGCUCGCCGAGCGCAACCGGCCUCGACCCAGCUUUCGUCACCGGCGUCUGUCUCAACUGCACCGUCUUUAGCCAGAUAGUACAGGGCGAGCCUGCGGGCGGUAAUGUUACAACGGUGGUCAAGGGCACCAGCCUUGCCUUCUCACAAAGCGGGAGUGCCUAUCAGGCAACGGGAUCCGUCGACUUGCUGGGCGCCCGAUACAUCCCUAAUCAGGAAGGUGGAUUCGGCAGGGGAGGGUACGAUUGCCUCAAUGGCGCUGUGAGCUCCUACAUACACUGCCCAAGCUGCCAGCAGACGUGA